CCGUUGCGCCGAGUUUCGUAUAAAACAGCCAAGCGAUUGGAGCUGCAGCAGCCCGCUGUCCGUAGAGUUUCGUAAAAUCUACGAUACGGAACGUUGUAUCGCGCGCGUUGACCGACCGUUAACGAGUUCUUCUCCCACUUUUAUUUUUCAUUCCUUUCGCGCGGAUUCAACGUGGUGCGACACUUCCUACUGGAUCGACGCUGGUGGAACAAUGGCUUUCACAGGACCCGACAUCGUCAACAGCAACAACCAUUACCGGCCGAUCAAGCGACCUUCGGAGGAUGAAUUCAUAAACACGGUCCUUAAACAUCAAUUCGACUCGUACACGUUCGAGUCGCUGCAGGAAACGGCACAGUAUUUCUUAGACCGCAUCAGAAUCAGGCCGAGGAUUGGAAUAAUAUGCGGCUCUGGAAUAGAAACAAUUGUACAAAACGAGUUGUGUCCAGGUUCGCUGGCGGACAUGCUCGACGACAAGCAGUCCUUCUCUUAUGAAAAAAUCCCCAAUUUUCCUGUAUCGACUGUCAAGGGUCACGCAGGUCAGAUGGUCUUCGGUUAUCUCCAGGGCGUCCCGGUCAUGUGUAUGCAAGGGAGGUUUCAUCAUUACGAAGGUUAUCCGCUCUGGAAGUGCUCGAUGCCAGUAAGAGUUAUGAAGCUCGUGGGCGUGACCCAUCUGAUUGCGACAAACGCGGCGGGAGGUCUAAAUCCCACGUACAAUGUUGGCGACAUUAUGAUGGUGAAGGAUCACGUGAACAUGAUGGGUUUUGCGGGGAAUAACCCGCUUCAUGGACCCAACGACGACAGAUUUGGUCCGAGGUUCCCACCCAUGACCCAGGCCUACAACAAGUAUCUUUUAGAAAUAGGCCAACAUGUAGCGGACGAGAUGGGCAUCGCCGACAUCGUGCACAAAGGCGUCUACACGUGCCUGGGUGGGCCGAAUUUCGAGACCGUCGCGGAAGUGAGGAUGCUGAAGAUGGUCGGCGUCGACGCCGUCGGUAUGUCCACCGUUCACGAAGUAAUCACUGCCAAACACUGCGACAUGGACGUAUUCGCCUUCAGCUUGAUCACGAAUAAGUGCAUCAUGGAGUACGGGAACCACGACGAAACGAACCACGAGGAAGUGAUAGACGUAGGAAAGGCGAGCCAAACGAUGCUCCAGGAGUACGUGUCGCGUAUCGUGUUGCGCCUGCAGAAUAUUAUAAACUCGGAGACGAAAUGAUUCGAACAAUUCUCAACAUUUUCUCACUCUUUUUAUACGUUUAAUAUAAAAUACAGCAUAGCAGAGACAUGUGAAUUAAUUUCAAUCGUUCUCAGCGAGUUCUAUCAGCGUUCGAAAAUGAGGAGCAACAGUGAAGUCAGUGAUAUCGUUCUUAUAUUUUUUCCGAAAGUAUUUCGUCCGCGAUAGCUGAAAACGCUCUCGAGGAAAGUGCAAAGUUUGCAGGGGAAUAAAUAGUGCUAUCGAACUAUCUACGAAUUCAAGAAAUGUUCCAUUGCACGUUCCACGUCUGUACAAAAUUAUUAAUAAAGACGGAUCUACGGGUAUUCGUUACCGAUAAACCGCCAUCGCCUACUU